GAUUUACAGGACCGGCUCCUACCUGUAGCACCAUAAAUUAAUAAAUCAUGGGAUGAGAAUGAGAUUCAAGUAGCCCCUUUCGGUUCGUAGUCCCUUCAAGCUUUCUGCAGUUUGGAAACCCUAAACUGGGAAGACUUUGGAAAGUCAUCUACUUUUUAUUCUGGUUUGGGUGUUUUCUCGUAAACGUUCCAUUAUUGAAUCGAUUAACCAGUUGAAGAAUUCGGAUUAACGUCUCAAGACUUGGAGGGGGAGCACACAACUGGGAAAGAGUAUGAAUGCUGAGGGGGUGAGGGCACCUCCUUUAAGAGGUUACCGAAGGAGGAAGGCGGCACUGGACUUGAACAUGGUCCCGAGUGAAAACAGGGAUCACGAGGGUACUUCAUCUCAGAUUGAAGCUCAGCCAGUGCAAACGAGCCAAAGACAGCCUGUACCACCUGCAAGAAUUGAUGUUGAUGCAAUUGACGAUGACGUUAUUGAAUCUUCUCCUGGGGCUUUUGCAGAAGCCACAAAAAAUUCCAGAAGGAAUCGCAGAAGGAUUGCACUUGAUGUAGAUUCGGGGCAAACGACUUUUGUGGCUGAUAUUCCUCGCGUCAAGCGCGCUAGGGUUCCAAAAAAUCAAACAAACAUCUGUUGUGAGCUUUACAUAAAUUAUGAUACCAGUCGCAAAUCUAAGAGAGAUGACGCUAUCAAUGUAGCUGAACCAUCUCCGCCGCUACCGCCAGCACCAAAGGAACCCACAUUCACCUGUCCAAUUUGCUUUGGUCCCUUGGUUGAGGAGAUGUCAACAAAGUGUGGUCACAUUUUCUGUAAAGAAUGCAUCAAGACGGCCAUAGGAAAACAGGCCAAAUGCCCUACUUGUAGGAAAAAGGUCACCGUGAAGGAACUUAUUAGAGUAUUUCUUCCUGCAGCCAAUUGAACGUGAGGCUAUGCUUGAAAAGGAUUUUACCAUUAUCUCUGGUGUAGUCGUCAAGUUUCUCUCCAUUGAAGCUUAAGCAUGCAAGGUUGAAGCCAUAUAACAGCCUCUCUAUGAUCCGGAGGUAAGGCUGUAUCCUCAUUUAGCUACCUUUGGACAAAAUAUAUUAACUAGGAUGGAAUAUUUUUUAGGCACUGAGGCAACCUGUCAAGAGUCGUGAACAUGCUUGAUUUUGUUAUAAUGCAACACAAUAUUCAGCUCAAGUCUACUCAUCAUUUGUUGGAUGCAACUUAUGUGAAAUAUUGAAAAGACAAUAACGGGAGACAUUGAUGGA